GAUACAAAAAGCAUCUACCUACAUAUACUUUCAGUAACAAAAGAAAAGUGAUGGAGCAUUUUAGUGGUUUACUUCGACGUGGGGGUGAAUUCGGUGGUAACGCCCCGGCCGGGGAUCUUCGGGAUACCGCAGAGACGGUCCAAAUAUCGUCCCUCGCACUGCUUAAAAUGCUUCUUCAUGGGCGAGCAGGUGUUCCUCUUGAGGUUAUGGGCCUCAUGAUCGGUGAGGUGGUGGAUGAUUAUACGAUCCGAGUCGCAGACGUCUUCUCAAUGCCGCAGACUGCGACUGGCCAAUCCGUCGAGGCCGUUGACCCGGAGUACCAGGUGCACAUGCUUGACAAACUUAAGCUUGUCGGAAGACAUGAGAACGUUGUUGGCUGGUACCACAGUCAUCCUGGGUUCGGAUGCUGGCUCUCUUCUGAGGACGUAAUGACGGCGAGUAGUUACGAAAAUUUGACGCCUUGUAGUGUAUCCGUAGUGGUAGACCCGAUCCAGUCGGUUAGAGGCAAGGUGGUCAUUGAUGCGUUUCGCACUAUACCACGCGAAAUGGCCCUGAUGAUGUUGGGCGGCGCCGCCAACACGCGCUUUGUCGAACCACGUCAGACCACGUCUAACAUUGGGUUCCUCAAUAAGCCCUCCAUGCUUGCGCAGUCGCGUGGUUUGGAUCGUCAGUACUAUAGCCUACCCAUCACAUUUCGAAAGAAGAAUCAUGAGUUGCGUCUGCUUUUGAAUGUCUAUAAGAAGGGUUGGCAAGAAGGAUUCAAGUUAGAAAAUGUCACGCAGAUGGAGAAAAAGACACGUCAGGGGGUGCGUGAUCUCAUUUCAUUGGCAAAGCAGGCCGAAAAGUUUAUCACACAAGGUCAAGAUGAAGACGAUAUUGGAAAUGUCGGCCGCAUCAACUCCAUCACACAUCUCCAAAUGGAAGCGACAAAUAUGAUACAGAACAAUCUUAAUGAAUCCAUUGGUGCCAUGAUCAAUGCUGUCGUAUUUUGAGCAAUAAAGCGGAUGUAAGUCAUCUAUAAACCUGUUUGGCCGUUAAUUAUUAUUAUUAAUAUUAUUUUCCGAUCCUAGUGAGACCCUUGGUAAAUGCUUUUUGGAAUAAUUGUGUAUAGAAUCAAAUUGGGGAAAAAAAUGCUGAGAAGAGCGGGAGAACGAUUGUAUAGGUGUGUAUUGCAUAUAUUAGUGAAAAAUUUGUCAAUUCAAAAUGAUGCAAUACAUGAAAUGGUUUCUUCUACGAACGGAAUGGUACUUUUGCCUGCAUCUGUAUAAGGAGGUUCAUGGGAAAGAAUCGAAGAAGAAAGACAUCAUAUUCAUUUUCUUGAUGCAACUAUUCAAGGGUUUAUAUAUAUAUAUAUAUACAUA